ACAGAGAAAGGAUUAACCAAAGGCCAUAGGGACAGACUUAGAUAACCAGCAGCAACCUCAAGGCUGUGGUGCUCUCUUAACCUGCUGCUUUCAGGGUAGAUGGAAGACGUGGUUUCUAGUCUCAACCAGCCUGAGUUCUUCCUUCCCAUUAGGGACUGACUUCAUGGGCACGAAUUUGCACUGAGGUCCACAUCGAGAAGGGCCCUGUGCUUGGUUGGUUAAAUGCUCUGCUGUUGCCAUCUUGAAAGUGUUAAUACGUUUUAAACAAGUACCCUGCGUUUUUUUUUGUACUGGGCCUCACAAGUGGUCGGUUCUGCACUCAGUGUACUUUGAGCACAUCUUACUUGUAGCGUUCAUUUCGUUUUACUAUAUUACUUAUGUUUAUGACUCACUUUGCAUACUGGGAGGUGCUUUAGUGGAAAUACAAAGUCUUUGGAAUCCAGCAGACAAAAUUUCAAAUGACCGUAUACAAGGCUUUGACACUUAAGGUGGGGUGCUCAGUCAUUUGGAGCCUCAGUGUUCUUAUCUGUAAAAUGGGGAUAGUGAUCUUAAUUUUUUUUUUUAAGACUUGUGAGGAUCAAGAAAACGUGUGAAGCAGGUAGCAUAAUGUGUUGUUCAUGCACGCCUACUGCCUGCCUCAGGCUCUUCCGUCCUUCCUUGCCUGGCACAGUGCUGGUAUACAGUAGGUACUCAAUACGUGCCUGUGACAUGGAACUGAAUUUUCAUUUGGGGUGUUUAGCUUGUGCCUCUUCAUUUCCAGAUUGGAAUUGGAGUUGUGUUCUGGUCUCUGGGUAAGAGCUAGGACCAUAGAAUCAGAAGGGCUUAUUCUAAGUAUUGGCAUUUCUUCUCCUGGGAAUUGUAGCCAGGCCAUGUAUGAGGGUGCCUUUUCUUUUAUUCAGUGUAUCAUGUUAUGGAGCUCACAAUAGCAGAUACACAGCUCCGGCUGCACCAGGUGACACAUGGCUUCUACCAGAAUCCUGCAGGUAGGAUUGUCCUCAUCCUUCUUUGCUGUGGCUGGCAGGUUUCAGGUGUUUGUUUUUAGCCACUGUUAAGACUGUUUUCACCAUGGCAUAUCACUGCUCUCCCUCAGCGGCAGAGAGGAGCAGAGCCUUCUGUGUGGAUUUGGGAAGACACAUGUGGUGAGGCGCUUUUCGGUAAACUCUUAUCCUAAGAAAGUUCUGGGCAUAAUGAAAGAAGACUGAGAGAGGAAGGGCAAAGCAUGCUGACUAGAGGACCACCUUGGAGCUCGGGGAACCUAGCAGACCAUGGGGAGGACUCAAGGCCAGAAGAGAAAGGCAGCCGCGGCCAGGCUGGCUGGCUCCCUUAGGUCAGGAGCUGGGACUGGCGCCUUUAGGUGUCUGUGACCGAGUCAGCGGCUGAAGCCAACGGAGCCUGAGGCAGCCUGUGGGCUGUGACUAAAUUAGGAAGAAAGGGCCCUUGGGCUCUCCUGGGAGUUCACUGGGGCAGGUAGGCCGUGGAAGGGCCUCUGGUGGGCAGCUGGAAACAGGCUGGCCAAACAUAUCCAACAACUGGCUUUCACUUUUGAUUUUUCAGUGCGGCUGUAGAUAUAUCACACACUGGAUCUGAGUUCAGUCCCAGCAGGGGGGAAGCCUCCCUGAUGCCAGGGUACCCACGGGUGGUGCCAGGUAGGAGGUGAUCUGACCCCCAACCCCCAUCUUCUCCAAGGGACUAAGUAAAAUAGGAGAAUCUAGUGAGCUUCAAUCACUAAGUCAUUUAUAAGCUCCUGGGGAGUUUUGACGUUUUAAAAGGAAUAUACCCUAUUGACUAUUUGAGGGAGGAGAUUAUAGUGGAUGCCAGGCAUUGCAGGUGAACCUCAGCCUGUCCCACACAGGAAAAAUUGGAAGGAUGGUUGCUUUGCAUAACCUGGCAAUGAGGAACCUGUGACAACAGAUUUUGAUUUUAGAAAAUCACAUGAAGGUUUAGUUUGGUUUGAGUGUUUAAGGAUUGCAGUGUGAGAUUUGGAAGGAGAAAAUUAAAAGCGAGUUGGCAGGAGAACAGUGGCUCCUAGGAAGAAAGCUGUGUUUCCAAGUAAUCAAACUCUGAAUGAGGCCAGCCAGGGCCUUCAGCCACUUCCUCACGGAGAGGGGCUUCUUGGCUUUUUUUUGGCGGGGGGCGGGAGUUAUACUUUCUGCAAGACUGGUUGAAGGCGUUAGUCUGAGAGCACAGUUUCUCAACUGCGACAGUAUUAGUAUCUUGGGCCAAAUAACUCUCUUUUGUGGUGGCUGUCUUGAGCAUUGCAGGAUUUUUACAGCAUCCCUGGUCUCUGCUCAGUAGAUGCCAGUUGCAUUCCAUCCUCCCCCUCAGUUCUGACAACAAACUAUUUCCAGCAUUAGCCUGGGGACCAGAAUCGCCCCCAGCCACUGCUUAGAGCAAAGGAGACGCUGCUUUUCGUACUGAAAGGUACUGCAGUUACCACUGGGUGGGUGAAAUGAUGGGUCAUCUCAGUUCAUUUCCUGUUCCACAGAAGUAAAGAAGGGCAACUGUUUCAGGAGCUUUGCUGGUUGGGCGUCAGCUUGCUGGCGUUGUCAGAUGUAGCUGGAUUUCUAAGAUUUUUUAGGGUAUCUUCUGGACCAAAUUUUCCCCGCUGAAAACCCAGAGUAAAAAACAACAAGCAAACAAACAAGCAGACCACCACCACCCACAGCAGCAGCAAAAAAUAGGGAAGUAAGCCAGGCGAGGGUUUGCAAUUUUAUUAAAAGUGGUCAGCGCGGUCAGCCCUAGACCCCUCCUUCAAAAGCGCUCUCAGGAGGCCUGUCUGCAUAGAGCUGGCUUGGGUGUUGAUAUGUGAAGAGGCUGAGAACAUGUGGCAUAAACAUCGACUGAUAUUGUUUGCCAUUUACACUCAGCAUGUGUAAUGCAGCAGGAAUGGCUCCCGGUGGCAUGUGACUGCCCUUCCAGGCGGGUAUGCUGUGCUCAGGCGCUGCUCUUUCUCUUUCACCCCCUCCCUCCCUCCCUCGCUCCCAUACCCCCUCCUCUGCCCCUUUCCUCCUCUUCCCUUUCCAGGGGAGAGUUUGAGUGGAGGCUUGUCAUGAUUAGCACGCAGAAAGCUGGUAGGGUGUCACUGGAAUUUUCUAGGGAGGCACAUGCGCAACACCCAAAAUGACUCCCAGCUUCGGUGGCCGCAGGUCAGCGCGUCGUGCCAGGCACCCUGGUCUGUUUCAGAAAGUGCUGCCAAGCUCCUGGACAAGAACCCAUUCUCGGUCAGUAACCCGAACCCUCUGCUUCCUUCACCUGCCAGCCUCCAACUGGCUCAACUGCAGGCCCAGCUCACCCUCCACCGGCUGAAGCUGGCACAGACAGCUGUCACCAACAACACUGCGGCUGCCACAGUCCUGAACCAAGUCCUCUCCAAAGUGGCCAUGUCCCAGCCUCUCUUCAAUCAACUGAGGCAUCCGUCUGUGAUCAGUGCCCCUCAUGGCCAUGCUGGGGUGCCCCAACAUGCUGCAACUAUACCCAGUACCCGGUUUCCCUCUAAUGCAAUUGCCUUUUCACCCCCCAGCCAGACACGAGGCCCAGGACCCUCCAUGAACCUUCCCAGCCAGCCUCCCAAUGCUGUGGUGAUGCAUCCUUUCACUGGGGUGAUGCCUCAGACCCCUGGCCAGCCAGCAGUCAUCUUGGGCAUUGGGAAGACCGGGCCUGCUCCGGCGACAGCAGGAUUCUAUGAAUAUGGCAAAGCUGGGUCUGGCCAGACGUAUGGCCCUGAAACAGAUGGUCAGCCCAGCUUCCUGCCAGCCUCAGCCUCAACCUCGGGUGGUAUGACUUAUGAAGGGCACUACGGUCACACAGGGCAAGAUGGUCAAGCUGCCUUUUCCAAAGAUUUUUAUGGACCCAACUCCCAAGGGUCCCAUGUGGCUGGUGGAUUUCCAGCUGAGCAGGCUGGGGGCCUGAAAAGCGAGGUCGGGCCAUUGCUGCAGGGCACAAACAGUCAAUGGGAGAGCCCCCAUGGAUUCUCGGGCCAGAGCAAGCCUGAUCUUACAGCAGGUCCCGUGUGGCCUCCACCCCGCAGCCAGCCCUAUGAGCUGUAUGACCCCGAGGAACCAACCUCAGACAGGACGACUCCUUCCUUCGGGGGUCGGCUUAACAACAGCAAACAGGGUUUUAUCAGUGCUGGGCGGAGGGCCAAGGAGGAACAGGCCUUGCUGUCUGCGAGGCCCCUGCAGGCUCAAGAGCUGAACGACUUUCACGGUGUGGCCCCCCUCCACUUGCCGCAUAUCUGUAGCAUCUGUGACAAGAAGGUGUUUGAUUUGAAGGACUGGGAGCUGCAUGUGAAAGGGAAGCUGCACGCUCAGAAAUGCCUGGUCUUCUCUGAAAAUGCUGGUAUCCGGUGUAUUCUUAGUGCGGCAGAGGGAACACUGUGUGCUUCUCCUAACAGCACAGCUGUUUAUCACCCUGCUGGGAGUGAAGAUUAUGCCUCAAAUCUCGGAACAUCAUAUGCGCCCAUUCCAGCAAGGUCCUUUGCUCAGUCAAGUCCCACAUUUCCUUUGGCUUCCGCGGGGACAAAUUUUGCACAGUGGAAAGGGGCUGGCCGCGUGGUGCACAUCUGCAAUCUCCCUGAAGGAAGCUGCACUGAGAAUGACGUCAUUAACCUGGGGCUGCCCUUCGGAAAGGUCACUAAUUACAUCCUCAUGAAGUCGACUAAUCAGGCCUUUUUAGAGAUGGCUUACACAGAAGCUGCGCAGGCCAUGGUCCAGUAUUAUCAAGAAAAAUCUGCUGUGAUCAAUGGUGAGAAGUUGCUCAUUCGGAUGUCCAAGAGAUACAAGGAAUUGCAGCUCAAGAAACCCGGGAAGGCUGUGGCUGCCAUCAUCCAGGACAUCCAUUCCCAGAGGGAGAGGGACCUGUUCCGGGAAGCAGACAGAUAUGGCCCAGAAAGGCCACGGUCUCGUAGUCCAGUGAGCCGGUCACUCUCCCCGCGGUCCCACACUCCGAGCUUCACCUCCUGCAGCUCUUCCCACAGCCCUCCAGGCCCCUCCCGGGCUGACUGGGGCAAUGGCCGUGACUCCUGGGAGCACUCUCCCUAUGCCAGGAGGGAGGAAGAACGAGACCCGGCUCCCUGGAGGGAGAACGGUGAUGACAAGAGGGACAGGACGGAGCCCUGGACACAUGAUCGUAAACACCACCCCCGGCAACUGGACAAGGCGGAGUUGGACGAGCGACCGGAAGGAGGGAGGCCCCACCGGGAAAAGUACCUGAGGUCUGGGUCUCCCAACCCGCCCCACGCUGGGUCCAGCUACAAAAGCCGCGAAGACGGCUACUACCGAAAAGAGCCCAAAGCCAAGUCGGACAAGUAUCUGAAGCAGCAGCAGGAUGCCCUCGGGAGGUCCAGGAGGAAAGAAGAGGCCAGGCUGCGGGAAAGCAGACACCCCCAUCCCGAUGACUCAGGCAAGGAAGAUGGGCUGGGGCCAAAGGUCACUAGGGCCCCUGAGGGCAUCAAGUCCAAGCAGAAUGAGAAAAAUAAAACCAAGAGACCUGAUAGAGACCAAGAAGGAGCUGACGAUAGAAAAGAAAACACAAUGGCAGAGAAUGAGGCUGAAAAAGAGGAACAGGAGGGCAUGGAAGAAAGCCCUCAAUCAAUGGGCAGGCAGGAGAAAGAAACAGAGUUCUCUGAUCCAGAAAACACAAGGACAAAGAAGGAACAUGAUUGGGAGAGUGAAAGUGAGGCAGAGGGGGAGAGCUGGUACCCCACUAACAUGGAGGAGCUGGUGACGGUGGACGAGGUGGGGGAAGAAGAAGAUUUUAUCAUGGAACCAGACAUCCCAGAGCUGGAAGAAAUCAUGCCCAUUGGGCAGAAAGACAAAAUCAGCCCAGAAACAUGUCCGUGUGUGACAACCACCUUAGACCUAGAGCUGGCCAAAGAUUUCCCCAAGGAGGGAGUCAAGGCUGUAGGGAGUGGGGCUGCAGAAAUCAGCCUCAAGUCACCCGGAGAACUGCCCUCUGCUUCCACAAGCUGUCCCAGUGCCAUGGACGUGGAAAUGCCUGGCCUAAAUCUGGAUGCUGAGCGGAAGCCAGCUGAGAGUGAGACAGGCCUCUCCCUGGAGGAUUCAGAUUGCUACGAGAAGGAGGCAAAGGGAGUGGAGAGCUCAGAUGUUCAUCCAGCUCCUACGGUCCAGCAAAUGUCUUCCCCUAAGCCAGCAGACGAGAGGGCCCGGCAGUCAAGCCCAUUUGUCGAUGAUUGCAAGACCAGGGGGACCCCUGAAGAUGAGGCUUGUGAAGACAGUCCCCUGGAGGAGAAAGCCAGCCCCCCCACUGAAACGGACCUCCAAAGCCAAGCUUGCCAAGGAGUGUUGACCCCGGAAAAUUCCAGGUACAUGGAAGUGAAAUCUCUGGAGGUGAGGUCACCAGAGUACAGUGAAGUGGAACUGAAACAGCCCCUUUCUUUACCCUCCUGGGAACCAGAGGAUGUGUUCAGUGAACUUAGCAUUCCUCUAGGGGUGGAGUUCGUGGUUCCCAGGACUGGGUUUUAUUGCAAGCUGUGUGGGCUGUUCUACACGAGUGAGGAGACAGCGAAGAUAAGCCACUGCCGCAGCGCUGUCCACUAUAGGAACUUACAGAAAUAUUUGUCCCAGCUGGCUGAGGAGGGCCUCAAGGAGACGGAGGGGGCAGGUAGUCCAAGGCCAGAGGACAGUGGAAUCGUGCCACGCUUUGAAAGGAAAAAGCUCUGAUGCUUCUGCCUCUGCUGCUGCCACUCGAAGGUGUGAGAGGAGAGCUUGCCAAGUGGGGCCCUCCUGAUCCCGGUGACAGGACUAAAGCCUGAGAGGAAGGAAAACCAAGCAGGGCAUGUUGCUUGGGUUUGUUCCCAGAGACUCUGUGAAAUGCCCCUGAAACGUCUCCAGGAGCCAAGUCACCCAGGCGUGUCCAGCGCGCUGAGGGUCACCAGCUCGCUCCCUGUUAACUCUUGUUUCUCUCAAACAAUCAUUCAGUUUGUUUUUCUUUCUUCUCCUCUUGCUCCCUCCCCCCACUCUCCUUAUGUGCCAAGGAUCAUUUUCUUUUCACAAAAUCCAACUUCUCAGGGAUUUUCACUGUGUUAAAAUUCUUGAUGGGAUAUAACAGGUCAGGCCUGGCUGAGUCAUGCAAGGAAAAGGUUUAAUGGAAACUCCUGGGUCAGGCGAACCCCUGCAGUGAGUCUGCAGCAGUGUCUCUGCCUUGUGUCCCUUGUAUCCUGUGCACUGGGGAGCCGAGUCGGGUCUGCAGUCCCAGUGAGGGGACAUUACAGACAAUCUGUUGGCAGAAGCCGGGAGUGGCUUCAUUAACCUCUUCCUCCAGCUGGGCCCCCCUUUUGAAAAGCCCCCUGUUUUUAAUAAUUCUUUCAUCCUCUCAGUUGUUCCAGAAGUCUGCCAGACUUAUGCCUUAAAGUAAAGUUAAAUGAAUUUUAGAGAAGAUGAAAAAAGCCCUUCAUUUUGGAAGCUCCGAUAAGUUUCUUCCAAACUUACUUCCCUCCUCUUGAUUUCAGGAGAUGUCAGAGUUUGUUCUAUUCUGGACAAUGGAUUUGGUACAGAUUCACUGUAAUUAAAAAUAAAAAUGGAAGCGUCUUCUUCCUCCAGCUAAAACAGCAGUUGGCGUGGGCUUAGGUUGAACGCUGGCCUCUCCGCAAUGCAUGGCAUUGGUGUGAGACACAGUUACAAGGAAAUAUCAUCUGUCCUUGACUCAGCCUUGGUGCCUGCACUCUGGGGUACAUCCACCUCACAGUCGGGUGGUUUUUAAAUAGCCCCUCAGUCAGGGGAGAAGCUAAGGAAAGAGAAGGCUGCAGAGCCAAAGAGUGGCAUUAAGGUUUGCUGGGCGUCUGUAGAUGGGCCCUUUCCAGCUGGGCAGAUGCUUGAGGGCUCCUUGGGCUGGACCAAAUGUUCAGAGUUUGAUACCAAAGUGUUACGAAGAGUCCUGAUUCCCACUGCUCUUUCUGGUACUGGAGGGUCGGUGCCUGUAGGAUGUGGGGUCUCUAGCUUGGUAUUCUAAUGAAAGGGUGUGGGAUAGAGGUGCUGGGGCAAAUGAGGCUCUGCUAAAGCCAGAGAGAGGCCCUCGGGCAGUUAGAAAGGGAGCCCGGAGCUGUUUUCAUGAGCUGAGACACUCUCCUGAAAGCACCGUCCAUGGCUUAGCCCAGGAAAAAUAAAACAAGGAAGACAGGUCACUCUCCCCUAGGCAGUUCCUGCUGUUUCUGCUCCUGACCUUGGGCAGGCAGACUGAGAAGGGAUUGUGUAGGGUUUGGGUUUUAUUUUUUUUUCAUUUCCCUUUUUAUGGCAUGUGAGAGUGUACUGCACAUUCUGUCCUCUGUACUCAUGGAAGAAGGGCAGAGAGAUUAGUUCAAGGCUGACAUUUUAUAUCAGGCAACUGAGGCACACAAAGGGAACAAAUGCAGAGCCUAAAACAAUCGGAGUAAACCUGACAGCAUGCAGUCAUUGGCCAGGAACAGACUCCUGGGAGCCAGUGAGAGCAAACAGUGAAGGCAAGCUCCAGGGGAAAAGCAGACCAGCAAGAACAGGUGUGAUGCGGAGAGGUCGGAACAAGCGAGAAACCUGAACUCGUCAUCAUCAUCAGGCUAUUAAAUACAAUUCAGAGGAGGCUGUUGGUUUGGACUGAGCCCCUCUGCACUAGGCCCACCAGACCAAAACAAAAGCGAGUCACUCAUGUUAAAGUUCUGCCUUCCAAGAAAUCAGGAGAGAGAGAGACAGAAUAGCCAAAUCCCCAAACAGGCCAGUUUUAACCAGCAUGAUGAAGAUGUGUCCUUGGUUUUAACCUUUACAAGGAAGGGAACUUUGAGACGUCCAGUCUGGUGUCUGCUUUCCUCAGCCCUUUUCUGUCCAUAAAGCCAACCUCCUCCGCUCAGCUCAUGGGAACACUUUCUAUUUUAUAGAGUGAUGUGUUGCCCAGUUCUAGAAUCAAAAAUAAAAGCCAACUAAGAUCUUUAAAUUUGUUGUAAUUUUAUCUUUUGACAAGACCAUAUGGGGGCUGCUGAAAAGCUGGUAUCUCAAAUAAAGUCUGAAGACCAUGGCUCAGCCCAGAUUGUUCCCCGGCCAACUCCACAAAUUUGAACCUGGCAUUCUGGACACCAGCUAUGCCUCCUCCAUUUCUCAGAAAACCUUUGCUCCUGUGUGUCUUUCUUCCCACUGGAGGGAAUUCUAGGGGCAGUUCUUUGUCCUUUUUGCUGAACUUUGCUAGAAAAAGCCCACAUCUUCCAUCAGAGGCUAGAACUGUACGUUAUCAGAGAGACUGGACGCUUUAUCCCCUAGCAAAGUGGGAGCAUACUUCACCAGCUCAUUCCCUGCGCCUCCCCUGCCUUUCCCAACCCCCCAUCCCCAGCAGCAUUUUCAUGGAAAUCCAGAUGGUCAUGUAAUGUUAUGGCUUCCUUGUUGAUAGACUGAUCUUCAUGCUGGAAAGCUAGGGAAAGCCCUUGGGAGGGAGACGAGGCACUAUCUGCAUUCAAUCAGAACCUUCAGUUUAAAAUCAUCGAAAAGUCUAUACUUGUGUGUACAUAUGUAUUUAUUUUUAUUUAUUUUUAUACAAUUCCAUUGGCAUGGUCCUUCACCGACCCUAUGAUUUGCACUUUUUAUUCCUAUGUGUGCCACACACAAUGCACUAUUAAAGGCAACCAGGAAAAUAUUGAUUUAUUUUUUAAAGCUUUUCUUCAGUGUUUUGUCAACCAUUUCAAAGUAUCUCCCAGAAAACAAUGCUGAAGAGCAAUUGCCACCUUGAGCAACAGAUUCAUAUUUACCCCGGGGUUAAUAUAACAAAAAUAUAACCCCUGUAUAAUUUUCUUUUCAUUGCUAACACCCAAAAUACCAUCUAUCUAGACAGUAUUCCCAAAUGAUUUGGAAAAUUCAAUGGUGUGAGCAGAAGCCAUUGGUAUAUCAGGGUUUCCCAUUCUUGGACAGUCCAGGGCUGUGACCUGUUAGGUAAUUAGAUUAUACUUGAACUGGACCAGAGUUUGUUUUUUGAAUUUAUGAGAAAAACAAAAACACUAAGUUAAUUUAAGUUUGAACUUGUAAAGUAUUGAAAUUUGUUGAGUGUCCUAUUAAUUGUCACUACUUUUCCUGAUCUGUGUAACUGACUGCAAAGUGUUUGUUUUUACAAAAGAGAUAAAAAAGAUUUUUAAUAAAGAGAAUUUGAAAGCUGUGA